AUGGCGACUACACAGAUUCAAAACGAAGAGUCGCAGCAGGACGAUGAUCUAAAAGAUAUGUUAGCUCGCUAUUUAAAAGAACAUCUUAGAUGCAGAGAGAUCUUAGACUUCGUGUGUAGGGAUUUUGGUCAAUAUGCGUGGAGUCUUCGGUCUCUGGACAGACGACUUGAGUAUUUUAACAUCCGGUACACUGACUGUAAUGUUGAGCUUGGCGAGAUCGAAACUGCGGUGAGACAAGAAAUGGAUGGCCCAGGUAAACUUCUUGGAUAUAGAGCUUUGCACAAAAAACUAAGGCAGGUUCACGAGCUAAAUGUUCCACGAGACGUUGUGUAUGCAGUGAUGUACAGUGUGGACCCAGUUGCUCUCAAGGAAAGAGCUCCUCGAUUCAAGAAGAAGCCUAAAAGCAACUUCACAUCACGUGGCUCAAACUGGGUGCACUCACUUGAUGGUCACGAUAAACUGAUGGGAUACCAGAACAGUACUUUUCUAAUUGCAGUAUAUGGUUGUAUGGAUACGUGCAGCAGGAAAAUAUUGUGGAUAAGAGUUUGGAUGAGCAACAGCGACCCCAAUAUCAUCGGCAGAUUUUAUCGUGAACAUUUAUUCAAAUCAAGGAAAAUUGCAGCCAAACUGAGACUGGAUAGAGGGUCAGAAACAGGAGUUAUGGCCACAAUGCAUGCUUUUCUUCGACAACACCAUGGUGACAUGGACCCCUUAGAAACAGUUAUCUAUGGGCCAUCAACUUCAAAUCAGGUAAGGUUUGAGGCAGCAGAACUGCCUCAGGACCUUAUAAAUCGAUGAGGCGUACAAUGUAAACACAACUUUAGUUUAAUCCACAGAAAUUCAUGUACACGCUGUCAAUCGCUACCAUUGAUUUUCCUUGCAAACGAUUCCUUGUGAACAAUGUCUUGAUUCGGUGAUACGAUAAUGCGAUGUGAACGUGAUAGUGCAAUAUAGGCUUAACUGAUGAUGCGAUGCGGCGAUGCGAUGCGGUAAAGUAAAAAAACUAAAGGAAGAAACAGAAAACUAGCAUUACAAAGGCGAGCUCGGGCGAUACGAAAUUACAAUACAAUAAGGUAAAGCAGUAAUUCUGAAACUUACAUCUGUGUCCUUGUUCCGUUAUUGACAUAAACCUUAGUCCUUAAUCCGUUCCUUGAUUCCUUUUAACCGUAGAAUGUUCAACUUAAAAACUAACACAGCGAAAAGCGUUCGAAACGUUCAACUCGGCGUGGUCAUCCGGGACCGCUCGGUCCCAGGCCACCGCAACGUAAGUUUCUGUCAUGUCACGCAGUGUCACGCGCAAUGCUGCCGUGACAUUCCGGCCCCUAAACGUCCGGGGCGUUUACUUCUCCUGAUCUCCUUCCUGUUCCUCUUUGGGCAGGAUUAGGACAAGCUUGUUGAUUGGUCUUCUAAGCGUAGUUUCUCGUGUUUUGACGACAACAGAUCUGAUAAGGCCCUGGGCGUCCGGCUCUACUCGCACAACGCGGGCCAACGACCAGGCAUUACGUGGGACGUUCUCUUCUCGGAUUAUCACGACAUCCCCUUCUACCAGGCUUCGCUGAGGAUGUUGCCAUUUGCGCCUUUCCUGCAUCACAACGAGGUACUCCUUCUUCCACCGAGUCCAAAAUAGAUUUGCCAAGUAUUGCACUCUUCGCCACUGACGACGCAUGUAUACAUCGUUCUUCUGGAACUUCCCUGGGGGUGGCAGUAUCACAUUUGACUUGGUCGUCAGGAUAUGGUUGGGAGUAAGCGGUUCAAGAUCGUCAGGUUCUCCAGACACUGUCGUCAAGGGCCUAGAGUUGAUAACAGCCUCAACUUCACACAAGAGGGUGCGGAAUGAUUCUUCGUCCAAACAAUGACCGUACUCAUCCAUUAGGCCAGCAAGAAUCUUCCUUGUAGUUUUGAUCUGACGCUCCCACACGCCGCCCAUGUGGCUAGCGGCGGGUGGGUUAAAGGUCCAAUCAAUGUUCUCUCUCUGUAGCUUGGCUCGGAUUUCUUCAUGAUCCAUCUCUUGUAUAGCUUGGAGCAGUUCAUUGUGUGCGCCAACAAAAUUUGAACCGUUGUCGCUUCUCAUUUCCCUCACCAGACCACAUCGUGCUAUGAAGCGCCGAAGUGCUUGAAUAAAUGAACUUGACUCGAGGGUACUUGCGACUUCAAUAUGGACUGCUCGGCUGACCAAACAUGUGAAGAGGGCACCAUACCUCUUCACCUCCCUGCGUCCUUCCUUAAUUAAGAAGGGGCCAAAGUAGUCGACGCCCGUGUAUGUAAAUGGUGGUGCUGGAGAGAUGCGAUCCCUGGGUAGAUCAGCCAUCUUUUGCUCGCCUGGCUUGCCAUGUUUGCGGCGACAGAAGACACACUUUGAGGUUACAUGGCGCACUGCUGCGUUAACUUUGAUGAUCCAAUACUUCUCUCGAAGGGUUGCAAUGACGUGGCUACGUCCAGCGUGGCCCAACCGUUUAUGAGCGUGACGGAUGAGAAGAGUUGUAACAUGACUCUUCUUUGGUAAAAUGACUGGGUGCUUUGUCUCAAAUGGUAAAUCUGCACGUCUGAGUCGACCUCCAACUCUGAGGACACCAUUGUCCAGGAAGGGAUCAAGGCGACAAACAGGACUGUCAUUCUUUAUACCUCCUUUCUUCUGCCCUCGCAGCUUAUUCUUCUCGCCUUCCUUAAGAGCGUGGACUUCCUUGCCAAAGGCUGAAGCCUGAACAAACUUCAGAAUAGCCAAUUCAGCUGUCGCUAGAUCUUGUACAGUAAGAGGCGAGUGUGGCUCUUCGGCACUCUUAAACUUGACUACCUUGGUCGUUGCAGGCAAUCUCUGGUCUGCAAGGUUUCUGUCGCCACUUGUGGUUCCAUUCUUGACAUUUAAACGAUUGUUACGCCGCUUUUCGCAAGAAGGUCUCUUUAACUCGCAGGAACACGGCUACGGCCCUUCGCAAACGAUGCCAAUCAGAAAAGCUUUUGAUCAGCUUGUUUGUGGUGUUAUCCACCUGAUUAAUGCUGACCGCACUGCUUGUCGUUACCUUCCUUACUUCUGGAUCAUCAUCUGGGACUUGGCCCAACGUGGAUGGUUGUUGCGCCACUCGUUCUCGGGUUUCCAUAAGAAUUCUGGACCUUCUAACCAACGCUGCCCUUCUAAAAGAGCAAGUCCAUUAAGGCCCCUUGAAGCAUCAUCUGCGGAUUCUCCUUAGUGGCUACAUACUUCCACUGAUUCGGUGUGAAUGGUCGCGAAUGAGCUGCACCCGGUUUGCAACAAAAACAUGAAACCACUGUCGUUCAUUAGCGAUAUAUAGCGCAACACAGUGGUGGAAUCUGUAUGGUACAGAAACUCUGGGUCGCCAUCCACCUCUCUUUUUAACAUUUCUCCAACUCGGAUGGAUGUGGUAGCAGCAGUUAGCUCGAGACGCGGAAUUGUGACUGACUUGAUAGGGGCGAGACGUGAUUUCCCCAUUAGGAACGUACAGUGAACGCGAUUGCUGUCAUCACACAGCCGUAGGUAAGCAACAGUUCCAUAUCCCAUGGAACUUGCAUCAGAGAAGAGAUGUACUUGCUGGGAUGUCACGGUUCCGAACUCUGGCGGCUUGACACACCUGUUUGCCUUGAACUGUCUAGCAGAGGAAGCUCGCUUAGCCACUUGGCCCAUCUAGUUUGGUACUGAUCAGGAAUGGUGUCAUCCCAUCCGAUAUCUUCACGACAAAGGUCCUGAAGUAUCUUCUUGGCCAGAAGUGUGAAUGGCGCGGCAAAGCCCAGUGGGUCAUAAAUUGAUGAGAUAACAGAUAAGAUGCCCCUUCUUGUUGGCGGCUUAUCAUUAAUAACUAUACGGAACUUGAAGACGUCAGAUUCUACGCACCAUAGCACCCCAAGGGCGCGUUCAACAAGUAGACGGUCGUGACCCAGAUCAAGGUCUCUAGCUUCCUUAGAACGCUUCUCCGUUGGGAUGGAUUCCAGAACAGCACGAUUAUUGCUUGUAAAUUUUGUUAAGUUGAAGCCUCCAUGCUCACAUGCUUGGCAUAGACCUUGGAUAAGCUCAAUGGCUGUCUGCUCGUCUUUAACUGAACGAAGGCAAUCAUCUACAUAGAAAUUUCGGCGGAUAGUAUCCGCUGCAAGUGGACCACUUUCGUGUUCCAUGUCCUUAGCAGUCUCCUUCAAUGCAAAGUUGCAACAGCUUGGGGAUGAAGCUGCUCCGAAGAGGUGCACCGUCAUUUGAUAUUCCUGGAUGGGCAACUCCAGAUUGCCAUCGGGCCACCAGAGGAACCUGAGGAAGUCACACUGGUCAUCGGGCACCUGAACCUGGUGAAACAUCGCCUCUAUAUCCGCCAUGAAUGCCACGGGCUCUUGGCGAAAGCGUGUAAGAACUCCAAUCAGAGAGUUGGUAAGGUCAGGGCCUGACAUUAGUUGGUCGUUCAAGGAAGUGCUUCCGUGUCUAGCGCUACAGUCGAAGACCACACGUAUUUUCUGGGGCUUCCUAGGGUGGUAGAUACCAUGGUGUGGCAGGUACCAUACUUUGCCAGGGCCAGCUUCCAGACGGUCAUCUGGCACUCAUUGUGCAUAACCCUUUGCAAUCAUUUCAUUCACAAAGUUGACAUAGUCAUCUCGAUAGCUCUCGUCACGUAACAUCUUCUUUCUCUGCCAAGUUGCUCGUUUCAGCGCUUGAACUCGGUUGUUUGGCAUUGUCACCUGAGGGUCUCUGAAUGGCAAUGGUAUCACAUAAUGGCCGUCGCGAAGGUGGACGUUUUCCCUUAUCCUACUGAUGAACUUCUUGUCCUCUUGGGAGUAGCCGUAUUCAUCAGGGCUAGACUUGUGAUCGUUGAAAUCUAGUUCAAACAUUUGCUGUAUGGCUUGGGGUGAUAUCACCUCUUUGACUGAUUCCGCUUCCCGUACCGUGAUUCUGGGACUUGAAACGUUCUCCACAUACAAAGGCCCAGACAGAGUCCAGCCAUGGCGCAAUCGCAUUGCAUAUGGCCCCUUGACAUCACUUGGUACAACCUCUAGAGGUUCUAUAGCUGCAGGACAAUUACUGCCGAUUAAUAGGCCAAUCUCCAAGUUCGGUAUAAACUCUGGUAUCUUCUCAGCAACACUGCGAAGAUGCUCCCACCGUUUGACUCCUUCAGGGGUAGGAAUCUGCUGUUCGGUCACUGGUAUCUCGAAUCUCGUGUAAGACUGCGGUAACUCAACUGGAUUCUUGCCUUCCAUGUCCAUCACCAACAAGUCAGAGACAACAGUGGUAGAUAUCAGGCUUUGGCCAUGCAUAGUGCCCAGCUGUAACUGCGUUUUUUUGCCAUCAACGCUCAUCUCUCUAAGACUCUCAGUCAGAAAGCAACCACUGCUGCCAUUGUCGUAGAAGGCAUAAGUGGUGACGGUCUCGUCGCUGCCUUUCUUCUUUACACGUACUGGUAGGAUGGCAUGAAGCACAACUGAUUCUGCAGGUCUAGCGGUACUACAGGAGGUAGAUUGAAGGUUGGUACAGGCAUUGCCCACUGCCUUGUCAUUCUCUUGUUUACUAUUGUCCCUUGGUGGAAUUUGGAAUCCACUAAUGUGAAGGGCUGAGGGAUGCAGUCGUCCACAGAAUUUACAUUUCCGUCUGUUUGGGCAGUUCCUUGAGAUGUGGUUCGUUCCGUAACAUCCAAAACACAUGUUCCUUUCUCUCAGGAAGUCUCUCUUAAGUUCUGGCGUCUUCUUGUUGAAUAAAUCACAGUCAUCCAAAUCAUGAGCAAGGUUGCAAAGGUAAAAUGGGGGGCGACCAUAGUUACUUGGAGGCCCGGCCCCGUAUACAGCCGGAGGCACGACACCUCCAAGUGGUGUCGUCACAAAACUGUUUUCCUUUGGUCUCCAUGGAAUUCCCGGUUUCCUUGGUGGCCUUUUUCCUUUACCGGGCGGUUCCUUUUCUUUGGGUUUAACAUCUUCCUUACUCUUGCUAAGGGCCUCUUUGCCGAACACCGGGUCAUUGGCAGACUCUGACGCAUACUCCACAAAUUUGGCAAGGUCUGCGAAACACGUUACACCGUCCUCCCUUCUCUUCUUCUUUAACACCUGAUCUCUCCAUUUAGCUUGCAAGUUGGCCGGAAGCUUGGAGACCACCGACUGCAUGUUUCGUGCAUGGUCGAGCACACGCAUGUAUGAAAUACUCUUCAUAGCAAUGUUACACUUUGUCAAGAAUAUUGACAGUCGCUUCAAGCCUUGGUUGUCAUCAUAUCUAACAGGAGCCCAGUGGAUGAUUUUGUUGAGGUAAGCAGUGGAAAUCUUGUAUGGGUCACCGUAUUCUUUCUGAGGCAGUCGUCUGGCUUCCGUGUAACCUGCUUCAGGGUCCAUGUGUAGACAUCCUUGAAUAAGGUCUGCCGGUUCACCUUGAAGAUGCUGAUUUAGAUAAUACAAGAGAUCAGAACCGGUAGAUGCUUUGGAGCAGAUACGUGUAUCAAAGGCCAUAACAAAGGUCUUGUACUCGAUUGGGUCACCUGUGAACUUAGUUAUUGUUGGUUGAGGCAGUGUCAUAGCAGCUGUUAACUGUUGGUGUGUUGCAAUAAUUGUCUCAUUUUGCUUCUGCUGUAACUCGAUAACAUUCUGAAAGGUACGUUCUGCUAACUGAGGUGAUCGAGCUUCAGAGACUCCAUGACUGCUUUCCUUAGAAGUUUCCCGGAGACCAUUACCAGUCAACCGUGUCGAUGAAAUUCCAUCUGCAAACAAGCCAGGGAUGAAAUCUGCGGCCUUGGGAUUCUUGGGGGAGCUGCUAACCUCCGUAUUUAUAGCUGGUGUCGUCUCUUUGGUGGCAGAGGAGCCAAGCGGGUUGCGACUCACAGUAACGUUGUCAGGUGACGAUUUUGCUGCAGACCUUAACACAAUAGGUGUAAAGGAGGCAGCCACUGAAGGUGGACUUGAGCCAAGUGCAGGUGGGGGAGCCUCGUGUUCCUUAUCAAUUUCACUCAAUGUCUUCUCCCUUGCUUCGGUCUUUGCUAUUUCCAUUUCAAGUUCCAAUUCUUCUCCCGCAGCACGAAGAGCCUGUUUCCGCUUAAGCAUCAAUCUUUCAGCCUUUAACUCUGCUAGACGGACUCUCUCUCGGUCUCUUGCAGACAACCUUGAACUUGCCUUAGACGAUCGUUCAGAUCCUUUGCUACUUCUUCCAUCUAACUGAUCAAUCAAGCGGGCCUCAGCCUGUGAUAUCCAAGCGUGUAAUGGGUGUAAAUAUGCCAUCAUAUCUUCGACCUUAUCCUUGUAAUGGGCAUGUUCAUGGUCUUUAUCCUUUUCCUGGGUUAACUCUUCAUAGUAAGCUGAAAAGGCUUCCCUGUACUGUUCGAUAAGAUCCUUCAAGAUCAUUGUUUCGUCCUUUACGAGGUGCAAGUUGUUAACAUCAACCAUUAGCUGGGAUAUCUCAGUUCUCUUUCUGGAUACAGAUCGGAAAGCAUUUGCGUAUUGCCGUUUUAGUCUGUUGCGCUUUUCUUCUUGACCCUUUUCUGUCAAAUUUCGUCUCCGCGGGCCUAGAGAAUCUGGUAAUUCGCCAGUGUUUGAAGAUUGACUCAGAAAUGGUUCUUCCAUUUUUCUGUCUGUGUUUUUCUUCUUCAGCAGAACUGCCUCAGGACCUUAUAAAUCGAUGAGGCAUACAAUGUAAACACAACUUUAGUUUAAUCCACAGAAAUUCAUGUACACGCUGUCAAUUGCUACCAUUGAUUUUCCUUGCAAACGAUUCCUUGUGAACAAUGUCUUGAUUCGGUGAUACGAUAAUGCGAUGUGAACGUGAUAGUGCAAUAUAGGCUUAACUGAUGCGAUGCGACGCGAUGCGAUGCGGUAAAGAAAACUAAAGGAAGAAACAGAAAACUAGCAUUACAAAGGCGAGCUCGGGGCGAUACGAAAUUACAAUACAAUAAGGUAAAGCAGUAAUUCUGAAACUUACAUCUGUGUCCUUGUUCCGUUAUUGACAUAAACCUUAGUCCUUAAUCCGUUCCUUGAUUCCUUUUAACCGUAGAAUGUUCAACUUAAAAACUAACACAGCGAAAAGCGUUCCGAAACGUUCAACUCGCGUGGUCAUCCGGGACCGCUCGGUCCCAGGCCACCGCAACGUAAGUUUCUGUCAUGUCACGCAGUGUCACGCGCAAUGCUGCCGUGACAAGGUUUGCAGACUUUUUUUUACUUUUUAUGCUUUUACUUUAAUUUUUCUAAAAAUGAGAAAUAAGUCCCAAAUAUGAACUUAAUACCCAGACCCACGGCUGGCAUCAACUUUUGAGUCAACUGUAUACCUUUUAGAUGAAUUGUAACAACUAUAGUCCAGUUGACCCAUAACAUCAUUGGCCAUGAAACAUACUCAGUUGUAGCAGGUGCUGCAGCCUGCAAUGACAGCUCUACCAGGUCUACCUCCAUGGAAUGUUCAAGGCUAAAUUGAUCAAUUAUUUCCAUUUGUAAUAGGAACAUGUAUAUUUGGAUUACAGGAAAUCUGAGAAUGCCUUAACCCCAGACUUGAUUUCUAGCCAUUAUGGGAGUGCGAUUGUUGAUCAUUUUCCCAGCAAUCAUGUGGGCCAAGCAAUGAAUGCAGACUCUCAAAAUGGCAGUAAAUGAAGCCUACCUUAACCCUUCAUACAAAAAACGAUUCUAGUUUGCUGCUUAUGCUAAUUAGACAUGAUGUAAACCGUAAAACGUACCAGUAUAUUGUAUGAUCAUAAUAAUUAUCAUUACAUGGACAGAUCGAAAGGUUUUGGAGGGAACUGCAUGAAAGGUUGGAAAGGUUUUUCAAGUUGCCCCUGAACCAACUAAAAGAACAAGGUCAAUAUGAUCCCCAUGAUGAAAACCACAGGUACUGAGCUAGACAUAUAGACAUUACUUUCAUUAGACAUUACUUUCUUUGUAAGGUGCAUUUGAUCAUAUUCAUAUGUUAAUUUGCACCUAAGAAAUAUUAAAUAUUAUUAUUAUGCCAUAAUUUAGUUUAUUUGAGCAAUUUUAAAGCUGCGCCUCUAUAUUAAUGAGAAAAGCUGACUGGUGAAUUUAGUUUUCCUGCAACCCAGUAUAAUAAGAGAGAACCACUCUUAUCCCUUUUGUUUCAAACACCAGCAUUAACUGAACCACAUGCCAUAUGCCAGCAAAUUAAUUGUAACAAGGAAAUAUAUGGUUGCUAUGGACAGGAGAGUCACGACCAAAGGAAAAAUCCAAUUUUCUAUUUAAGUGUCUGUGUAUGGCCACACAGAAAUGCAGAUUAAGAGCAGGAGUUUAAACACUUAUCAAUCUGCGUAUAUAGCACUGUGUAAGUAUUAAACUGUCCAAUUAAGAGAAUUUUGCAAACAGAGCCUGACAGUACACAUUACUUUUUCACAGGCUUCUCUUGGCAUAUGUGAUGAUACCAAUAGUUCAAAGGGAAGUCAACACCUUUGUAGAUGUGGUAUGGAACAGUCACAGGAUCCGUGAGCAAAAAAACACUUUCCUUCCUGAUGGAGUGCCAAACCACAUUUACAGUUUUCCAGAGAAAUAUGGACUGGAGGAAUGUGGUAGGUAUCAAUGACUUUGUUCCCCGAGUUUCUCUUUUUAAUUGGUAGUCCUGCUUGAGCACUACACAACUUGUAAGAUGAACUAAAAAGAGCAAGAGUUGUACCCUUUAAUUGAAAACCUGUUAGUGUGUAUGCGAGAAAUCAGAUAGUGGACCUUGCAAAAUAGAUGUUGUUUUUAGGGUUUUCGACUCCCACAAAAUAUGGAAAUUAAAAUCCCGCUUUAAAAACAAAUUACCCAAAUACUGGUGAUCAUAAAAAAAGAAAUCAUAAAGUCAUAGAAUGAAUUAGCGUGAUUUUCAUUCAAAUACUUUCUUCUUUUUCACUGUUUGAGACAUAUUUCCUAAAUAAGAUGAAUUUACUGCUUUUACUGAAAAGUUCUCACGUUCAUUAAAAAUGGAGUUAUGUGUACCUAUUUUGGAGGCUGGGAAGUCACAGAGGAACAGCUAGCAGAAGUUGCAGAACUUUCAGAUGUGCUUGCUGACAAUGAUGACUAUUUGAGUGCUGAGUUCAGGAAUAAAUGUGAACAAGUAAUUGCUGAUCCAUUGGAGAUUGAUGUCAGUGAUUUUGCCUAUGCCUUUGGUUACCUCAAGGAAAAUGUAGAUACACAUGUACAUGCAUAG